CCGGGGAUCGAUAAAGUUAAGUCAAUCGCAGGUUGCGUGGUGCGUCAGUCCGUCAGUUGAGUCGUGUGUGAUUCCUGGUAAUUCCAAUUCGCAGGUACCGAUAUGUCAGCGACAAUGACAGCCAAACUGCAAGAUGACAUGAAUAGUAUACCUCUCGCAGACGAUGAUCCGCAGGUAAUAAUACCAGAAGAGGAAAUCUUGGACAAUGCUUCGCAUAUAUCUGAUGCGCUAGGAAGAGGACGUAGUAUGGAUUCUAUUCCAUCGACAUUCACUAACGGAAGCUGUAGUCCAAAUAGUUUAGAUCCAGAUAUCAGCCCAGAUGAACAGGAGGAGAAAGCUAGACUGAUUGCGCAAGUUCUCGAACUGCAGAAUACUUUAGAUGAUCUGUCACAGAGGGUGGACAGCGUGAAGGAAGAAAAUCUCAAGCUGAGAAGUGAAAAUCAGGUUCUGAGUCAAUACAUUGAGAAUUUAAUGUCAGCAUCGAGCGUGUUUCAGUCAACGAGUCCUAACACUAAGAAGAAGUAAACAACCAAAUUAAUUAAAUAAAUUAGAUUAAAUUAUUAAAUUAUAUAUAUAAAUUCAUGAGCCAGCUAUACAGAAUCUUGAAAUAAUUGUAAUUGUUUUGAAUAUCUUCAAAAACAUGUGUAUUUAAUCAUGCAUUUAAUUACAAUUUCUUAUUUAACAAAGCAAAGUAUCUCUGAUAAAACAAUCUACUUUUAUCAGUCAAGUAUAAUCAAAUAUCCUUUUAAAAUAAUUAAGACUAUUUAUAAUGCAUUCACUGUGACUGUGACUUGAAACACGCUCUUAUAGUUACAAUCGUAUGCACCAAAGAGUCUUGCAUUUCUAUAAUUUUUACAAAACAUAAAUGCUGUGCAAACUUUUAAAGAAACCUGCUAAGUAAUUAUUUUAUAUACAAUAUAAAAAAAAUUUCAAUUUUUAAUUUUAAUUUCCAAAAUUUUCAAUUUUUUUAUUUAGGAUUAAUUAAUUUAGCUGAGACAUAUAUAAUGCAUUAUAUAAUAUUAAUAAUAUGUUUGUUAUAAUUUAUUGUCUGAAGUAAAUAAUAUAUAAAAUCAAGUAAAAAAGUUUUUAAAUAAUUUGACAAUUAUAUUUUUUAUUGUUAUUUAUAUAUAAUAUAUGCGCUGUUAAUUUCAUUUAAUCAAUUUUAUAUACAACUAAUGUAUUUCGUUCAUACAUUUGCUCUUUGCAUUUAUAUACAUUUUCAGCAGUUUAUCCGAUAUGCGCACUUUACAUUUGCGAAACUAAGUAUCAAGAAAUUUGGAGCCACGUAUACAUUUCGUCGAAAUACCUCUUGUUUUAAUACAAACUCUUGCUUCGAAAUUUUGACAUAUUUAUUAUAUAUGCAUUGUAUGUAGAUGUACAAAAGAGAUAAUUAUAUACAAUUAGAAUACGCUAUAAUUGAUGACAUAUGAAAAAUUAAUAUGCUACAUAUAUAGUAUACGUUACGAGCAAGAUGCGAGCUAGUUUAAAGUUUGCUAUUUAUGACGGAACGAGUUGAUUUUUAAAGAUGACACAUACGUGCAGUCAUCUUGCUUGUAAGCGUAUCGAAUCGACACGAUUGACGCAUAAUAAUAAAUAUAUAUUUACCGCAAAUGAAAAACUGCAACUUGCGAUAGAGUUUCAGUUUGAGGGCACAAGCAGAAUGCACAAUCCUAAAUUAUCCCAUUGUUGAGUAAAACAGUGUUAUAAUAAACAUUAUAUUCUAU